AUUCACAUGUCGGCAUGUCGCAACCUGACCAUGUCAAAUAAUGUGCACACACCCAUAUGCCCGCGUAUAAACCCGAAUGCACUCAGGAGUUCAAACCCUAUGCGGAGCCGCCGACUCCGGUGGCCAUAUCCUUGACAACCUACAACUCCGCGCCAUGUACAUCAAACGCCACAACAUAGCCGUCCAAACAAUCGCUCGCACCUCGUCCCGCGGCAAAGUCGGCGGCGAAUACAUGGUCAUGGACGCUACAUCACGAGACCACCUACCCGACUACGCCGACAGCACCCGCCUGCCACAAUGGCUACUGCCCAACAAGGUGCCGUGGGCGCCCGACAGACACCUGAAGUACCGGCUCGACAUCCUGUUGGUCCCUCCAAUAAAGCUGGCGGCAGCCAAAUCCCCCGACUUCCACAUCAUACCCGCCCCCAACCACACCGUCUACAUUCUUGAGAUCUCCCUGCGCAACCACGCGACGUCGGAUGGAAGGUGGAGUACACGGCCAAUUGCACCCUUGCGCGGCCAGGUUGCCAAGUAAUUCCGAGGCCGUUACGCUGCAGAGGCUUGGAAGACUGCCAAUGUAUGAUUGUGUCUUGUCUCGCGGCCCAUGCUCGCGGCCGGCCCCACUAAAGGGUGUCUUCCAUGGGUGGUGAGCCGUGUUUCACGGCACGGCACUCCUUGUUAUGGCCGCUCUCUCAACACUAAUCUCCUGACCCCUGACCACACAAACCAACCUCCUAAUCGCAACGAUGUCCGCCACCACCACUUGCCCCCAUACUCUUCGCGGUUGAUGCUCGCCGGGCAACCCACUUGUAGCUGAGGGGCUGAGGCUGGGGCUGAGGCUUACACACAGACUGCAAAAGAUCCUCAAAAUGUCCACACCGCCUAAGCUCCAGAUGAGCGAUAUUCCGCAGGAGCUAAUCGACCAGCUCAAGGACCUGGUGCGCAAGGAGGUGCGCGCGGAGCUGCAAAAGAAGGAGCCUCCGCGCGACGUCCUUGUGGAGGCUCUGGGGGCCUUGUAUGCUUUGAUAAUGAGGACAAGCUCGAGGGCACACGCUAAGCAAGAGUGAGUGCUCCUGCUCGGAGACUGGCUGGGUGUGCUGGCGGGGCCAGUCGGGACCUCCUCGUGCUGUGGGAGAACCCGCGGGGCAACGCGGCGCUAUCUUUUGUCCUCUCGGUUGUCCUGCUGCUAAUGCCGGUCGUCAAGCGGUUGGUGAAGGGUUUGGGCUGGCGAAACUGAUGGGAACUGGUGGCGGAAAUGAUGGGGUAAGCCUGCGGACAAGUGGAAUGAGGAGCUGAAUUUUUAUGCACUCUGAACUCAUGCAUGCAGUGAGUCAUGAGAUUGAGUACUUUGGAUGCCUAUAUAGAUUGAACAUGCACACGUGGCCUGGCAUCUGAAGGGACAUGGUGCCUCGGUGGACAGGGGUCUGAUGCUGCAAAACAGCAUGACACAGUACUAGGAACUGUAUUCUCAAGAAGCUGUUGUUUUCAUUCUCAAUAAAGAACACCAUGUGAGGGUUGUAGUGAAGACCAAGGUUGUGUACGAAGUUACUUACCGUGUGGUUGUUUGUGUGUGGUGAGCCAGGCACACGGGGAGGGCACCAUGCCGAGGGGUCUGCAUAUGUUCCCCUCACUCAUGCGGCCGAUGUAGCUACUCAGACAAGUUGCAAUGGCUUUUACGUGCCACAUAUAUUGCAGACGUCAAUAGACUUUAACGUUUGCGGACGAUUAUGCAAACAAAUGUUACAUGCUUUGCA